AUGCGUAUUCUACUACUCUGCCUGGCGUUCUUGGCCGCAGGUAUUUUUUAAAUUUAAAUUUUUGGCUAUUUUUAAGGCUUUUAUACAUUUUUAAGACAUUUUGGCUGUUUUUUAAAAUUUUUAUGUACUUUUUUAUUUAUUUUCCAGCAUUUACAUAAAUUUCUUAAAAAAAUGUUUUUUAUUUUUUUUGCAUUGGUUGCUUAAACUGUGAUUUUUUGUGCUUUCCUGUCACUUUAUGACGUGCUUAAACAGUCUUUUUUGAUACAUUUAAAAAAAAAUUUUUUUUAAAUUGAAUUUUUUUUAUUUCAAUCACAAAAACGUAUUUUACAACGCAAAGAAUUAUUUUUUAGAUUUUUAUGCACUUUAAACGCAUUCUUUAUUUAAAAAGAUUGCACGGUGCAAUAAGUAAAAGUAAGUUGCACUGUGCAUUAAAAAUGUUUUUUUAUAAUGUCUAAUAUAAUAGAAUUUGAAAAAUUAAAAAAUAGCUAAAAAAUGAAUAAGAAAACUUAAAAAAAUAAAAAAAAUUAGCUUAUAUACCCACAAAAAAUUAAAAUCUUUUUUUGUUACCUAAAAUUUUAAAAUCCUUUUCAAUACCUAAAAUCAUUCUUCAGUCUACGCCAAUGUGAACCAAGUGCCAGUCCAGUACAAAAAUAAUGGAAAGGUGGCCGAGAUUCAGAUGAGUGCCGAGUCUGGCAACGAUAUGUAUCAGAGGUGGACGAACCAAGCCUUCAGUAGUUUGUUAGCGGCCGUUGCUUCACGAAAGUAAGUUGUUUUUUACUUUUUGUAAUUAUUACAACAAACUUAAGGUCUUUUUGGGUUCAUUUUAAGAAUCUUCUUUUGGGGUUUUAUGGUUAACAUUGGGGAGGAAUUUUAAUCAUCAUGUAAUUACGCUGUUCAAAUUAUCUGUGCUCCUUAAGGAAAGGUUAGAAACUCCUUUUAACUCAAUACCUUUCUAGUCUGCACCACCUGAGUGAGGUAGAACAAGUAACGUUGGAGGAAUGUUCCAAAGCUGCUGACAAUGUCAUCAAACACGCUCGCUGUGUCAGAAAGGUUCUAGAACAUAGAGGUGAGUGUAUUUUCAAUUAGAAUGUGGAGACAACGUAUUUUACAUUAAAACUCUAUAACGAAUCGCUAGGGGAUUCAAUUUUUUUUGUUGUAAAGAGGUUUUGUUAUAAAGGUGUUUUAAAUAGAUUAUAGUUAGCGUUAGUUCUUUUGUUCUUGAUUCACAAUUUCCACUUUACUAUAAACGGAGUAGACCUCUCCCCCUCCCCUGGAGAAAAUUUGAGUUUUAAAGGUAUCCCGGCCCUUCCCAAGUCUUGUCCCAGCCCUACGUUCACUUUCAUCUUUAUCAUUUCGGUUUUACUUGAAAACUUUAAAAUGCACUUUUUGUUCUUUCGAAAAGUCAUUUCGGAUGAUGAAUGACGUCGCUGAAAUACCGUAUCUCUUCAGAUAAACGGAAACAGAAUCGCGUCGACGCGUUGGGGCGUAAAAAGUCUACGGUAGUCGAGAAGCGCGAAGGCGAAUGGAUUGGUGGGAUUCGGAUCCGCAGAGAUGUGGCCAAAGCCGAACACUAUGGCCUGAAGACCAAGACUGAUGGCAUGACAGCGUUUGGAGCGGUGGCCAAGGUCUUGAAUAAUGUUGUGCUGAAUCAGAAGAAUCGAACUGAGCCUGAAUCGUGGGUUUUGCUUGUGAAGGGGAGGAUAUUUUGAUAGUAAAGGCGUAUAUAAAACCAAAAAAAAAUUUUUUUUAUAUUUUUUGGAAAAAACAUAUAUUGGGUUAGCUAAAAAAUGCCGUUUGGAAGCCUAAAAACAGCUUUUUCGGUAACAAAUAUUUCUUUUCUUAUCUAUACUAACCAAGAUGAGGUUAAAAAAUUUUGAAACCGCCUUCUAAACGAAGAAAAUGAUACUCGAAGUGUAAAACUCUAUAAAACUAUAUUAAAAACACUUCAAUUACCUUAUCAUCUACUACAAUAUCCCUAAAUACUUAAAAAUUAAAUUUUCGGAUAUUAUAAGAAAAAAAAUUUAAGCCAUCUUUUCCAGAUGGCAAAUGGCCGUAGCCAAAGUCCGUGACAGUGCCCACAAGCGUAAGGCAGCUCGCAAAGCCUUUGCCGAACGCCAAGAGAAAGGAGACCUCGAAACCCUCCACCAAUUGGCCUUCAGAAACCUUGGCCAAAAACAUAAUAUGGCGUCGGAGCUGGAGGAUAUGAUUGAGAAGCCGGACGAGAUGAAGAAGAUGAUCAAGGACAAGAAGCUGAAGAUGAUGGCUGAUCCUGUAGGACGAAUGACAAACUUGGUUAGAGAGGGAGUGAGGUUGGGAAUGUCAUUGGCUGGAGAAAAUACGACCGAGUUUGAUGAAAAGAGUUUGAACUUGAUCUCGCCACGAUUCUUUUCGGUCACGCCUGAACAAGACAAGAAUGGAAAUGGCACGGUGAGGAAAACAGAUAUUUAAUCGUCCCAAAAUGAACUUUUAUCAUUUGUUUCAACUUUCAAAAUAAUAAGCCUUACAACCCGCAUAGAUUUGCCUUCUAAAUCAAGAAUUGUUACCUAAAAAAUAUUCUAAAAACGAAGAUAAAUACCUAAGAGACAAUAAAAAACUAAUUUUAAGCCGCAAAUUACCUUUAAAAUCAAAAUCAAACACUAAAGCAGAUUAUUUUAGGUCAAUGUUUUGUCCCCAUCGCUUCUUAGUCUUCACAACGAAGGAACUGGCACUGAAAAUCUGACCAGUUUGCCAACUUUAAUCAAGGGAUUCAAUGGAAGAGAUCAGCAAGAAUGGUUGAACUUCAUCGUCGAAGCCGCUGGAGUCAGCGAUCAAGCUGAGAAGUUGGAUACUGUGAGUUUGGGCUGAUAAAAGUUAUUUUGAAAUUAGAAAAAGGCUAUUUUAACAGUCAUAAAACUAUCAAAAAUUGCUUUAAAAUGAUUUUAUUACCUAAAAACAGCUUUCGAAAGAUUAAAAAUAAAUUUUUUGAUUUGGAAAGACAUCUUUUGUUACUUAUAUUAACUAAAACUUAGACUGAAAAUUAGUUUCUAAAUCAAGAAAAUCAGUUUUGUUACCUAAAGAUAAAAACAUUCAGUUCGAUUACCUUUAUAUAGGUCUUAUCAAGCCUUAUCCUUCCCAAUAUCCCCAAACAAAUAAAAUUAAAAUUUUAGGAAACAGAAGACAUAAACAAGAUCAAGUCAGUUGAUGAUUAUGAAAAGGAAGUUCGUGGUGAAAGUGGUCAACCAUUAUACUUUACCAAACAGAACGUAACAGACAUGUACGGUGACUACGAAAAGAGGAAGGUCGACACUUUCGAAGCUUUGUCAAAGACCUACACUAAGCAGCAGGUAAGCGAUAUUAAUUUAAUUUCAACGAUAAGAUCUAAUGGUAAUAAGGAGUGGGACGAGUUUUUGGCCUUGGGAAAGUUCUGAAAUUUGAAGUAAAACCCCGAUUUUCAGCUAAAAGAAAUGAACACAACUGGAUUCUCCGUUCUCACCAAAGAACAGAUGCACUUAUUGUACGGUAAACACUCCCCCUACAAUCAUACCGAAAGUCUGCACAAGUUCACCAACAUGACCAAGACUCAGAUCACGAAUCGCAUGGAGAAGGACAUUGAACUGAUCACCCAGAUGGACAAGUUCCAGGUCAAACAAAAGGACAUUGUUCUGUCGCCAUUCGUACUCACACCUCUGGUCGAAGUUUGGCCUGUACUGAACACUUUUGUCGUGCUGUCGCCUCUCGUUUUAUCGCCGAUUAUUCUGUCGCCCGCCGUUCUUGGCCCCAUUAUCUUGUCGCCAUGGGUGUUUGUGCCUUUGAUCCUGAGUCCUCGUGUGUUGGCGCCCUUGAUCCUCACACCCAUGAUCUUCUCUCCGCUGAUCUUGUCGCCACUAGUGCUGCAUCCUCUGAUCUUAUCUCCUGGCAUCUUCAAUCCCUUGAUCUUGACCCCACUGGUGUUGUCUCCAUUGAUCUUGUCUCCUCAAGUGUUCACUCCACUGAUUUUGUCUCCUUUGGUGCUGAACCCUCUGAUUCUGAAUCCUAUGGUUGGAUCUCCAUUGAUUCUGUCGCCGUUCGUGUUGUCGCCGCUGAUUUUGUCGCCUCAGGCAUUGUUUGCGUUGGUCUUGUCGCCUUAUGCGGCUUCGCCUUUGAUCGAGAGUAAGCUGAUCGUGUCUUCGUUGAUCUUGUCGCCCAGUUGGCUGUCGUAA